AUGACACAUCAUAAAAGUAUUGGUUCUUCGAAUCAUGAAAAGGAUAAACAAGAGAAUUUAUGUUAUUCCGUAUCAUUAUUGGAUAUGGCGUCCUCAUGGGAGCGAGAUAUUGAAAUAAAUUUACGAUUUUUACAAUUUCCCAUCAUUAUUAAACUUGCAUUAUGCUUUGCACCUCCAACGCCAAUAGAACAUACGAUUACAUGUCAUAAUGCUGAAGUUUUAUUACUCGUUGAGGCGGCAUUAUUCUCAAGGUUACAAGAUUUUUGUAUAGAUAAUCCUCCGACAAGUUCCGAAUCAUCCGUUUCAUCUUCAAUGAAAUCAAACGUGACGAUCAAUAAAUCUGAUCAACCAAACGAGAUGAAUUCCACAGAUAAUAAAGAGGAAGCAACUAUUGAAGAAAUCUUGGUGAUUGGAUAA